CAAACAGACCCACGGUUAUACAGUAAGUGUGGGCUGGGGCUGGAUAUGAGGACUGUUUUGAAGUAACACGUUCUCUAGAUCUGGAUUUAGGACACACUAUGGAUAGGCAACAGAACCUGAACCGGACGGAGACCUUCUCCUUCGUCAACCCCUGGAUCCGAUAUUUUCUCUUCUUCUUCAGCUUCCUUUUCUGGGUUUUCUCAUUGCUGAUUGUUGCAAUCGGAGUGUAUGCAAAAGUCCAGAAAGCUACAGACACAGUGCGGGACACGUUCCUCAUCGACCCAGCUGUCAUCCUAAUUGUGGUGGGGGUGGUCAUGUUCUUCAUUACGUUCUGCGGUUGCAUCGGGGCCCUCCGAGAGAACAUUCACCUCCUCAAGACAUUCUCCAUCAGCUUGACGCUGGUCUUCCUGACACAACUAGCCAUCGCAAUACUGGGCUUCUUCUACUCUGAUCAGACUCGGGAAGCUUUGGGAAAGUUUGCGAAGAAAGCUAUCGUGCACUACAGAGACGACCUGGACCUGCAGAACCUGAUGGAUUACAUCCAAAAAGAGUUCAAGUGUUGUGGGUGGAACAACUACACAGACUGGUCUUGGAACCUGUACUUUAAUUGCACUCAUACAAACCCCAGCCAUGAGCGCUGCUCUGUUCCCUAUUCGUGCUGCACUCCUGUUCCUGGAGAGGCAGUGAUAAACACCAUGUGUGGAUUUGGGGUUCAAACCCAGAACUACCUGGAGGCAGACAAGUCGAUAUACCCAGUCGGUUGUUCGGAUCGAGCAGUGACGUGGGUUGAGUCUCAUCUGUUGAUGGUGGGGGCUCUCGCUCUAGGACUGGCUUUGCCUCAGAUUGCAGGGAUCGUGCUGUCCCAGAUCCUGAUCUCGCAGAUCCGAGAUGAGAUUACCUCAGUGUUGUGAGAGCAGGCCGACACAGGGGAAGAGGAGGGAAGAAAAGAACUGCGCUCCACUCAGCUCCUCGGGGAUGUGCAAGGAUAUCUUCUUUUCUUUUUU